AAACUUUACCCGGGGUAACAGCCGAGGCGCUUUACGGCGACGGCGGCGAGUGUGAGCCUUGGCGGCGGUGGAGACGGCCGCGGCGAAGGAGGCGGCGGCGGCCGAGGAGGAAGAGGAGUGGCGGCAGUGGCGGCGGGGACCUGUGCGGGGAUGGCGGAGGUACCGCCUGGGCCUAGCAGCCUCCUCCCACCACCAGCACCUCCGGCCUCGGCGGCGGCCGAGCCCCGCUGCCCCUUCCCGGCGGGGGCCGCCCUCGCCUGCUGCAGCGAGGACGAGGAGGACGACGAAGAGCACGAAGGCGGUGGCGGUGGCAGGAGCCCGGCGGGCCGCGAGGCGACGGCCAAGGGACCUCCGUGCCUUCGUUGCCCUCCGCCGCCGCAGGAGCAGCCGCAGCUCAACGGAUUGAUCAACCCCGAACUGCGGCACCUCCGGGCGGCCGCCUCCCUCAAGAGCAAGGUUCUGAACGCUGCCGAGGCAGCCACAACUACAGCCGCCCCCGACGGGGGCCCCAGAGCGACUGCAACAAAAGGAGCCGGGGUACAUUCGGCCGAGAGCCCCCCUCACUGCCUCCCCAAUAAUGCAAGAACUGCGCUCCCCGGCCGGGCAGAGGCGGCGGCGGGGAGCGAUCCCGCGGCGGCCCGCAAUGGACUGGCGGAGGGCACCGAGCAGGAGGAGGAGGAAGACGAGCAGGUGCGGCUGCUGUCUUCAUCCCUGACCGCCGGCUGCAGUUUAAGGAGCCUCUCGGGCGGGGAGGUGGAGCCUGGGGAGGAUCGGACGAUACGAUAUGUCCGAUACGAAUCCGAGCUACAAAUGCCCGAUAUCAUGAGACUGAUCACCAAAGAUCUGUCUGAACCCUACUCCAUUUAUACCUAUAGAUAUUUUAUCCACAACUGGCCACAGCUGUGCUUCUUGGCCAUGGUAGGGGAAGAGUGUGUAGGUGCCAUCGUUUGCAAGUUGGAUAUGCACAAAAAGAUGUUCCGCAGAGGUUAUAUAGCCAUGUUAGCCGUGGACUCCAAAUACAGGAGAAAUGGCAUUGGUACUAACUUGGUUAAGAAAGCUAUAUAUGCCAUGGUUGAAGGAGACUGUGAUGAGGUGGUUUUGGAAACAGAAAUAACAAAUAAGUCUGCUUUGAAACUUUAUGAGAAUCUUGGCUUUGUUCGAGAUAAGAGGCUGUUCAGAUACUAUUUAAAUGGAGUUGAUGCACUGCGACUUAAAUUGUGGCUGCGUUGAGAAGCUGACAUCAAGGAACAACUUUCUAACCAUGAAGAAUCGACCUUUGCAUGCAAUGCAAUUUGUACAGAAUUGCUUUGCAGGUGGAUUUAGUAAUUUCCAUGCAGCUCUUAUCUGUCAGUGUCUCAUUGAGUGUCGCACAAUAUUUGUUGCACUUUGGCAUGGCGCAUUUGUUCUGAAUUAAAAAAGAUUGUUUUAAACUUCAAAAGCUCUUUGGUACCAACAUGAUGUGCCAGUUGAUAGCCAAGAUUUGUUUGUUCAUUUGCUAAAUCUGCUGACAAAUAUUAUUUACACAGCGGUCAUUUUAUCACAGAACCAAUAAGUGGAACAUGAUUUUUGUUCCUUUAAAAAGCCAAUGUAGUUUGUAAAAUUUCUUAAGUAUACUAACAUUUCACAAGAAACCUGCCAUAGUUUUCUGAAGGGGGUGGGGGAAAGCUUCAAUUUUAGGUUUUAUUUUUUCAAUAUUAAAUUUUCCAUUCUUGAAUAUUGGUACCUCAGUGAUUAGUGAAUGAAAAAAAAUGUAAUGUAGGGUUGGGUGUGUCUUACAAUGAGUAAAGAUAACAAUUAAAUUGCGUCUGCCAGUGCCUGUGUAGAUAAGUAUAUUUGUCUUCAUCUCUAGUUUUUGAAUGCAUGCUGUCUUUUCUUUUGAAGCCUCUGCAAGCAAACUUGUUUUUAUUUAAAUUCUAAAUUUGAUAAUAAAUUAUUUCAGAUUUUUAUAAUUUGGAUACUUUUUCCAGGUGAGUGACAGAGUGUUUUACUUUAGGAGUCCCUUUUUUCUUUAUAGUAAGAGGUUGAUCUGCCGGGAAAAAUCUUUGACAAACGGCUUAAAAGGGAUGAGAAAAGUUGAUGGAGCCAGGAUUGCUGGGUUUCCGAUGCACUUUUUUUGAGAUUUGAGGGACUUUUGGGAAAAGAAUAGAAAAUUAAUGUAAAUUGGUAUGAUUUUAUUUAAUCAAAAGUAUUGCUUUAGCUUUGAAAAAUGGUUUCACAAAGUAGUUGGAACUUUUUCCCCACUUGAUUGGAUUCACGUUGCUUCCAUUUCUUAAAAUGCUUCACUUUUGGUUCUUGGUCUUGGAAAUAAAUUUCAAGGUACAUUGUAACCAUUUACAAUUGAUUUUACUUUCUUUUCAUUUAUUUGAGCAAUUUCUUGAGGGAACUUUGCUUAGUUCCCAGAAAAAGAGAUGGAAUUUUUUUUUUGAAAUGAGUUCUGUGGUUUUCUUAAUAGCGAUCACCAUGUUAUUGGUUACAUUGUGUUUUGGCCAGUCAGUGCAAUGUAACAAAUUUUAAACUUACUGCUUUCAGUUGAGUCAAGAACCUGUGGCGGAUAAUUUAUUUAACUGAAAAACCUAGGUACCCGUAAAAAAAAAAAUUCUCUGAAAAAUGUUUUGUUAGGAAUCUGUGCUUUUUCUUUCUUUAAUUUGGAUAUGCUUUACUUCUGCUCUAGGAUUUGGUUUUAAUUUUAUUUUAUGACUAUCAUUACUGUAUUUUAAAAAACCCUACCUCCAUUAACAGUUGGUAAAAAGCCCCCUUUCAGGAAAGUUUGUUGCCUUUUUUUUUUUUUUUAAAGGAAAGCUGCUCCUUGCUCAGGUGUCUUGAAAGUGAACAUGGUAACAAGCACUCUUAAAAUAUACACAGAUUUAAUGAAAAUAAAAUUUUCCUGCUGGUGGGAUCAUUAAUUCUUAAAUUUAAAGGAAA